UGACCAGCCAAUCAGCAGGCAGGAUUCUUGAGCAUCAAAACAUUGAGAAUUUUGAACCUGUGUGAUGAACUGACACACCAAUGGCACCCAAACGAAAGCCAGGCAGGGAAGGAAAACGGUCAUCGAAAGGCACUGGUGAGAAGCCAUCUCCUAAGAAUUUGAGCCAGCUAUCAACAUCGAAGAAACAAACACCAGCAAGAAAUGCAACCCCAAGCCCCAGAACCAGGAAACAAACACAAGAGUCUCUGAGAGGCAGUAGAAAUUCUCAGAAUGCACCGGUUCAAAAGUAUGCAACACCAUCACAAGAAGAGACUCCAUUACAAAAAGGAACUCCAGUCACUCCAAGAUCAUCUGGAAGAUAUAACCUUAGGAACAUAACUCCACCUUCCUACUCACAAAGACAGUCUAGAGUAUUUAACACACCUGGACGAACUCCUGCCAGAAACCCUUCAGCAACACCCUUCAGAACACCGAGAUUAAAAACACUAGCUCGUGAAAUUGCCCCUGAUCUUAAGGUGGCAGAGAAGAUGUACAAGGAAGAGUCACAAAUUUGGAAACAACAUUUAAGAUCAUUUCUCCAUAAAACACAUAAGUUGUGUAACCUGAGCAGUGUCUACAACUUCAAUUACAAGACAGAUGGUCUUAGAACUAAGUAUGAAGGCAUUCUAAAAAAAAAAGUUCAAGAGGUUUACCCGUCUCCCCUACUGACUGUAAAGUUGGCCACUACUGCUUGCUUUACUCUAAAACCUGGUGCUGUUGAUGCUGUCCAUAUACACAUUACUUCCCUUGUUCCUGGCUUAACAGUUGACCAGGAUAAGACAGUGACAGUUUACAGUUCGUGGCUGUUUAGAACGUCUCACGUGCAGUGUGCAGAUAUUCCUGGAAUAGAAUGGUUCCCUAUUAUGCUUUAUACGGGUAGAGAAUUAAUUCAUCAUGCAGUUGUUGAAUGGCUUCAAGGAUCAUUUGGCUGUUAUAUCACAAAAUAUGGGAUACAGCAGAAUGCUCUGAUGUGGAUAGCUGGAGUGUGGAGUGGUCGUUCUUGUCCAGUACCCUCUCAUCAAAAAGAUAAAGAGAAUCAGAUGCACUUCACAUAUUAUAUACGUCCACCAAGUAAAAUAAUAGAAUUUUCUCCUCCUAAUGCAAGAGGAAAGCCUAAAUUAGUGUUAAAAAGUACUCUUAAGGACAUUCAUCAUGUGUGGGAAAGAGUUGUGGAUAGCAGCCAAGAUGAGAUGAGCAUCACUGAACUCAGGGAGUUUUUUUCUUAUAUGGAUAGUAUUGCUUCGGAGUCAAUAUAUCUGCCUUCUUCAUAUCUGCAUCUUCAUCAGUUGUAUACGCCUUGCAUCAUGCUCAAUGGUGAUGGCAAGGUGAAAUUAACAUGUGACCGGAGUGCAUCAGUGUUGCUCAACCACCUUAUGGAUAUUUUUAUUCAGAGUACAAAUUGCUCUGCUCUUAAGGAUCUUUUGAAUGAGAUUGAUGUAUUUCAAGAUGAAAGUUUUGGAAGCAAUUGAAGAAUAGACGCCAAAAUUACAACAAAUAUUUAGUUUUAAAGGAGCAGUUACCCUUGUAACUGUGCUUUUAAUAUAUUAAUUAGCUUGUAAAUAUUAGCUCAAUCACUCAUUAAAGUGCUUUUAAAUUUGAUAAUAGGUUUUGAAGGAAUUUCCUGUAGUAUAUUUUUAACACUUUUGAAAACUAUACUUUUUUUUUAUAUUUAUUAUGUGUAUUUCUUUAUUAAAUUUGCCUUAUAAUCUUUUAAAAUAUUGUUUUUAUUAGUUAUUUUAUUAAAAAGACAGGUUUACUGUCAUUUUUUUGUAAAUCUUUAAAAUUAGCUUUUGUUUUAUAUGAAUGAAGUGGACAGUGUUGUACAUUAUUGCACAUGAAAGAAUGAGUGUUUGUGUGUGUCAUUAUAGGAAUUAUAUUCUAAGACCAUUGUAAAUGAUGUUAUUAUCAAGGCUUUAACUUUUAUCUUAAGAAUUUUGUAUUUUGUAUUUUUCACUCAGUACAAUGAUCUCUUCUGUAUGCUCUUUGAGUAUGUACAUUACUUGGAAAAAUUGGGAAAAAUUAUCACUGUAAGAAAGUUCUAUUUAAAAAACUAGUGACUUGCUUGUAUUGUUUUUAAGCACGUCAGCCACAUCGCACCGAUUAAUGGGACUCAGAGAAAAACGCAUUCACCAUUCGUUCAGUAGGAGACAACUUAACUCAGUGCAGCACUUGCAUCGAAGAAUGGGUUGAACUAUGGUAGUUUGAAGAGUCUUGGAACUCUGAUGCCCAUGUAUUUUUGGCAAGGCAGCUGUUGAAUGAUAGUGAAUGUGUUUUCUUCUUUGGGUCACCCUGCCUUGUUAGGAGAUGGCUUGUGUAGUAAAAAAAAAACAGAUUGUAUUUUUUUUAGACUCUUAUUCAUAAUCAGUGCAAACUCUUGAUUUACUUUAAAAAUUUAGAAAAAUAAUUGGCAUUAAACAUUCAUAAAGUGCCAUUAAAUGAAGAAAGUUUUGUAAAUGUUCCCAAUGUAUAUUUUGUGAUGUAUUUCAUGUAGAUCACAUUAAGAUGAGUCUUCGCUCAAAAAGUGGAUGUAGGACAGAGGAGUUUUUUAGCAUGAGAAUAGGUAGAAAUUAGAUGUGUGCAACAUUGGAUAUUUUUAUUAGGAAUGAAAUAGCUCCUGGUGAGUGAUAUGUAUCCUAAUAAAAAUUUUCAAACUUAUACAUGUCUAAUUUAUACAUUUGUCACUACAAUAUUAUAUUUUGAUCGUGACAGUCCAUUGGUAAACAUGAAAAGAACGGUGUACACAGAUGAUACAUUAAAAUGGAUGAGAGUAUAUCCACCUAUACAAUCAUUUUGUAGCUCUUCAGACUAGUUCAAAUCACACAAGUAUUCUUGAUUUAAAUUCUUAACUUCAUGUCGUUUGGAACUUUGAAAUAAAUUUAAUAGUGACCUGUAUAUGUGUAUGAAAUUACAGGUACACUUUUUCCUUGCUUUGUUCAAUUUGUUUUCACUUGGUGUCAAUUUGCUAUUACACGAUGUACCGCUUCUGUCGAUAUACAUUCGCCAUAUGAUAUUGGUGUGCUCUACAAAGUGAACUCAUGAUUCUUGUUAUGUGGAAGUAUUGUUGACAGACUGACUUGAGCUUAAUACAGCUGCCAUUAGCCUGGAAUGCACGGUGUAUAUGGUAUAAAGUGAGGGGGCACACACCUGUAGAUAUUGUGUACUGAUGAGUAAUAAUGCAGAAAAAUUGUGGUCAUUCUGAUACUUUCACAUUUUUGUUGUGCACUCUUGUUUUUUUAACUCGAGUCAUCUCCCUCCAAGGCAGGGUGAUUCAAAGAAGGAAUUGCAUUCACCAUCAUUCAUUCGAUUCCUUUUGCAGAUGCUGCCCUUCUCAAGUCUGGCUAAUCGGUUUCCUUGAAUCCUUUCACAAAUGUUACCAUUCACUCCUUUUUAACACUCAAGCCUGCUGGAUGCUCAAGCUCCUAAAAUUCAAAAUCUCCUUUACCUUUCCCCUCCGACUGUUCCUGGGACGAUCUCUGCCCCACUUAACCUUCUAUCCCUUUGUCAUCCUAUCCCUCUCCAUCCCCUCUAUAUUCCCACACCACCUCAACCUUUCCUUAGCCCUCUGAAUUAAACCCUUGAUGGCCCCACAUUUUUUUUUUUUUUUUUUUUUAAUUUUUAUGCCCAACUAUUUUUAUGUCCAACUACUCCGUUAUGGAAAACUGGAGGAGAUAAUAACUAGAACAGAGUAUACUACUGACUCCGGCCAUACAAUAGAACGGAAAAAUAAUGUAAGGGACCUGGGAGUAGUAAUGUCUGAGGAUCUCACUUUCAAGGAUUACAACAGUGCCACGAUCGCACAUGCAAAGAAAAUGAUAAGAUGGAUAAUGAGAACUUUCAAAACGAGAGAUGCCAAGCCCAUGAUGAUCCUUUUCAAAUCACUUGUUGUCUCUAGGCUGGAAUACUGCUGUACAUUAACAUCUCCAUUCAAAGCAGGUGAAAUCGCAGAUCUAGAGAGUGUACAGAGAUCCUUUACUGCACGUAUAAGUUCUGUCAAGCACCUUAGCUACUGGGAACGCUUGGAAGCACUUGACUUGUACUCGUUGGAACGCAGG